GCUAACUUGGAGAUAUUUGAAUAAUUAAUUUCUAAGGGUGGGUUAAAAUAUUAAUUUCAAGUUUCUUGUUUUGAUUUGUAACACCUAUAAAUAGGGUGCUCGGCCUUAACCCACUUUCCAUCAACAAGGCUUGCUUUAAUUGCGGUUUGAAUAUGGGAAGUUCUAGGGUUAUUGGUGCUGCAUUCUUGGUUCUGCUCAUUGUGGAUUUAGCUUUCGCUGCUAGGUCACUUAGUGGUGGUGGAGGAGGAGGAAGUGGUGGAGGUGGAGGUGGCGGAGGGGGUGGUGCCACAGGUUCUGGAUAUGGUUCAGGGUAUGGUUCCGGGAGUGGUUCCGGAUAUGGCUCAGGAGCUGGUGGUCUUGGAGAAGGUGGAGGUGGGGGUGGGGGUGGGGGUGAAGGAGGCGGUGGUGGUGGGGGUGAAGGAUCAGGGUACGGGUCUGGGUAUGGGUCAGGAUCCGGAUCGGGGUAUGGGUCUGGUGGUGGGAUAGGAAGUGGUGGAGGAGGUGGCGGUGGUAGCGGAGGUGGCGGCGGCGGAGGUGGUGGCAGUGGAGAAGGGUCUGGAUAUGGGUCUGGAUCCGGUUACGGAAGUGGGUCUGGAUCCGGAUACGGAAGUGGCGUUGGUGGUGGAAACGGUGGAGGAGGUGGUGGCGGCAGUGGCGGUGGUGGAGGUGGUGGCAGUGGAGGAGGGUCGGGAUAUGGGUCCGGAUCCGGAUACGGAAGUGGGUCUGGAUAUGGAAGUGGAAGUGGUAGCGGUGAAGGAGGAGGCGGAGGUGGUGGCAGUGGAAGUGGAGGAGGUGGAGGUGGAGGCAGUGGUUCGGGCCAAGGAUCCGGCUAUGGAAGUGGUUCAGGUUAUGGCUCCGGGUAUGGUAGCGGUGGAGGGUGAUUUCCCAUAUAGGUUCAAACUAAGGUUGAAUUCUAGUUGCUACUUAUCGUUCUGUAAUCUUCAAAAUAAAGUGCAGUGUUUGCCUACGAGCACUGCAUGUAAAUGUUUUAAAGACUUCCAAGUCUUUUGUAAUCAUAUCUAAAUAUUUGUUAUCCUAAUAUUUCAAAUAAAAUAUAACUUUUAUUUUUACAA